AAAACGCGGCUUAAUACUCGUUAAUGGCAGUUGCAUGCGUUGCAUGGGUGUAAACGGACGGACGUACAGUCGGACAGACAGCUGCAGUGUCAUCAUCUUGCUCUGUGCGUCUUAUUGUACGGAACGAGCUUGAAGUGUCGGAAGUUCGAAAAGGAGCAAGUUGCUACUAUGCCUCAGCGAAAACUAACCAAAGUCACGUUACUAUUAAUGUUGCCUGUUUGGCCAAGAGAAUUCGCGAUGUAGCCUCUUAUACAGUCGAUCUCAUCGCGUUCGCGUUUAUUCCUCAUCCGAUGUACCGAGAAGUAUCGGGAGCAUUUCGUGCAACAUUUUCAAAGCCAAGUCGCAUGAAAUCUCCUGUUGUUGUUCUCGUAAAAACAUUUGUCUAUUGUCGUGUCACCCUUUGUCGUUAUUCUCGACCUUUUCAUCUACGUUCAUAUCUCCGUUGUCAUCAUUCUCAAGUGCCUUCUCUUUCCCUCUUUCACACUUUUAACUCACUAUUUUCUGAUUUCAACCACGCGAAAAGCCAGUGUAUGCAUCGAGUGACGUACUAAUAUAUUUGUUAUUUCGAUAUGAGGUGGAUGGCUCAUUCCAAAAUGCGUCGCAUUUAUUAGACAUCUUCAAAAUAAAUGGAUUUUUUUGCCAACUAAAAGGCUGAGUGUUCUUAUUUGAUACAUAGAAUAAAAGAAAAAGAUGUCCCAAUUAAGUAUUAGUACUGGGAAGAGAGGGAGGAGUGUUGCAAGCUCCUCCGCAUCUACUGUAUCAUCUCUGAGCAGCUCAACUGACCUAGCAAGCCUAUUUGAAUGUCCAGUUUGCUUUGAUUAUGUUCUUCCACCAAUCCUACAAUGCCAGAGUGGACAUCUUGUUUGUAGUAAUUGCAGGCCAAAACUUAACUGCUGUCCUACCUGUAGAGGUCCAUUAGGUAAUAUCCGCAAUCUGGCAAUGGAAAAAGUGGCAGGUAACGUGAUGUUUCCUUGCAAAUAUUCAACAAGUGGAUGCACAGUGUCGCUAGUGCAUACUGAGAAGGCAGAUCACGAAGAUGCAUGUGAAUUCCGUCCAUACAGUUGUCCUUGUCCAGGAGCUUCUUGUAAGUGGCAAGGAUCUCUCGAGCAAGUAAUGCCACAUCUUGUUAUGAGUCACAAAAGCAUUACAACUCUUCAAGGGGAGGACAUUGUUUUUUUAGCAACAGAUAUUAAUCUUCCUGGUGCAGUGGAUUGGGUAAUGAUGCAGUCUUGUUUUGGUCAUCAUUUUAUGCUAGUGCUUGAAAAACAAGAAAAGUAUGAUGGACAUCAACAAUUUUUUGCAAUUGUUCAAUUGAUUGGUUCAAGAAAACAAGCAGAAAACUUUGCUUACAGACUAGAAUUGAACGGGCAUAAAAGGCGCCUGACAUGGGAAGCUAUGCCGCGUUCUAUUCACGAAGGUGUUUCAUCUGCAAUUUUAAAUUCAGACUGCCUUGUAUUUGACACCUCCAUCGCGCAAUUAUUUGCCGAUAAUGGAAAUCUAGGAAUUAAUGUUACAAUUUCUAUGGCAUGAGGAAAGCUGGAAAAAGCAGUGUAAAAUAUUUUAAAUGUAUCAAGCAGUCUUUUGAUUGUAAUUCAGUCUUUGCACUGAGGAUUGUCCGUUAUGUACAUAUAGCAUUUUUUUACGUUACCACAGAUAAAUAUUAGCAAUAUGGAUGUUAGGAUAUGUUUGGAAUGUGUUGAUAAAGCACAGCGAUCAAACGCUCAGUUACAGGACCUCUCUUUAGAAGCUUUAAAGUGUACUUGUAUGUGAUAUUAACAUUACACAUGGAAAUAAUAAACAAUCAUUCAGUAUACUUAUGCUGACUUUAAAGCUUUAGCACUGAGUAUAACAUCAAUUCCAAAAUGUACCUGACAUCUAUUGCACACUGUUAUCAUGUUCUUUUAGUCACUUCUUACUGAGCCGAUUUACAAAAAAAAAAUUUCUUUAAUUUUGAUGCUUACCAAUUCAAUUCUUUAUAGAAAUAACGUUAUAUUCUAUAAAAAAAAAAAAAAAAAAAAAAUGUAGUUUU